UUCAGGCACUCUAAAGUCUGAUCUUACUGAAAUGAAGAAUGAUGAUUGGAUUCAGUGGAGGUUUGGAAACACUUUAAUAGCUGAAAUCAAUAAACGGGACGACAGAAUCACUGUAUAUGAUGAUGUUCUUGAUGGGAGAUUCAGAAACAGACUGAAGCUGGACAAACAAACUGGAUCUCUGACCAUCACAGACAUCAGAACUGAACAUGCUGGAGAUUAUAAACUGCAGACCAACAGUGUGGAAAAGAGUUUCAAUCUCUUCGUCUUUGUUGAAAUAUCAGUGCUGGAGGGAGAUUCAGUCACUCUAAACUCUGAUCUUACUGAAAUGAAGGAUGAUGAUUUGAUUCAGUGGAGGUUUUUGACUGAAAUGACUUUAAUAGCUGAAAUCAAUGUAACGGCCGACAGAAUCACUGUAUAUGAUGAUGUUCUUGAUGGGAGAUUCAGAGACAGACUGAAGCUGGACAAACAAACUGGAUCUCUGACCAUCACAAACAUCACAACUGAAUAUGCUGGACUUUAUACACUACUGAUCAACAGUGCGUGGAAGUUUUUUAUUCUCCAUGUCUUUGUUGAAAUAUCAGUGAAGGAGGGAGAUUCAGUCACUCUAAACUCUGAUCUUACUAAAAUCGAUGUUGAUGUGAUUCAGUGGAGGUUUUGGACUGAAAACACUGUAAUAGCUGAAAUCAAUAAACAAGUCGACAGAAUCACUGUAUAUGAUGAUGUUCUUGAUGGGAGAUUCAGAGACAGACUGAAGCUGGACAAUCAAACUGGAUCUCUGACCAUCACAGACGUCACAGAUGAACAUGCUGGAGAUUAUGUGCUGAUAAUAAUGACAACAAAACAAUCAUUAAAAGUUUUCAGGGUUUCUGUCUAUGGUGAGUUACUUAAGAUAAAUAAUGACACCAUUUUCUUUAAGAGCUGCUGUGCAGCCAAAAUUAUAUACCAGUUAUCACUGUAAAGCUGCUUUGACACAAUCUGCAUUGUUAAAAGCGCUAUAUAAAUAAAGGUGACUUGACUUGAGUAGAGAUCAUUUCUCCUGUCCUUCAGAUAUUCUUGAUAUUAGUGUUUAUUGUCUGAGCUGAUCUCAGUUUGAUGUUUUUAUUCCUCAGACUCCGUCCACUGUUGUGGCCCUACUGAAGCUGUGAUCCGAUUGGUCCUCUCUGCUCUGGUGGGCGUGGCUACUGUCAUUCUUCUGGUUUAUGACAUCACAUCCAGAAGAGCUGAACAACAUCAAGCACAUAUUCACACAUCAGGUAUCUCAUUGAUGAUCUUAUUUCUCACAAACUAAUUUUACAUAUAUAAUUUAUGAGAUUUACUUAUUUGUGGCUUUAUGUGUUCAUCUUUUUCAGGAAGUACUGAAAUCUAAAGCAGAAUGCUGAACUUUAAAGGUUUUUCAAGUGUGUUUUUUGUUCUUCUAGUGUUUUUUUUUUUUUUUUUUCCAUAAUAAAUACUGAUGAUUGUUUAAGCUUGUGCUCUCUCUUUGUUAUAUAUUUAUAAAAAUGCAAUUCAAAAGGCUUUAUUGUUUAUAUUUGCUUGUCAUUAUCAAUAAAGUUUUCUCACUCUGAGGUUCAAGAGUCUCUCCAUGUUUUAUUACAUUUAUUAUAUCGAGCGCCCCCUGCAGGAAUACUAACUUCAUGUAAGUAAUAUGGUGCUCUAGCUGUGCUGCACUGUGAUUAAACCACAGCUGAAGGGUGUUGUUACACUCAACUGUUUUCAUGAUACAGCACAGCUCAAGUUUUCAUCGCUGUUAUAAAAUGAGCUGGCAGCCUUUUCUUCGUGAAGAGCCUCUAACCAAACUGUA